GGCAGAGACAGACCCUCCCAGAGGAGAGCGGGGAUGGGGGAGAGACAGAAAGACCCAAGAUGCACCGGUCGUUAAGGGACGGAGAAGCGGGGAGCGCCGGCAAGGUCCGGAGAAAACGAGCCUUACAGACCCACUGGGAGACACACAGAGCCCGAGAAACAGAUGGUGCCGGGGAGUGACAGCGGCCCCAGAGAGCCGGCCUGAGAGACAGCCGGCGAGGGGACCGUGAAGGGAGGGCGACAUUGGGCCCCGGACAGAGGCGCAGAGGUGGGCGCGCCGAGACUGGCCCCGCCGGGGGCGCGGAGGAAGAGCCCUCGGCCGACGGCCGGUCCCCCCCUCCCAGCAGAGGGCGCCCCGGGUCGCCCCCAGCCCCCGGCCAGCUGCCCCCACCCCUCGGGCCGCGGGGCCUGCCGUGUCUAUUUAUACCGGCGCGGGGAAUCGGACACCGGGCUGGCUGGCUGCGGCGUCGGUGCCCGUCCUCUGCGCGCUCCCCAGCUGGCCGGCCGGCCCUCGGGGGCCAUGGAGGCCGACCCGUGCGGCUGCUGCGAGCGGCUGGUGCUGAACGUGGCGGGGCUGCGCUUCGAGACGCGCGCUCGGACCCUGGGCCGCUACCCCGACACGCUGCUGGGCGACCCCGGCCGCCGGCGCGCCUUCUACGACCCGACCCGCGGCGAGUUCUUCCUGGACCGCCACCGGCCCAGCUUCGACGCCAUCCUGCACUACUACCAGUCGGGCGGGCGGCUGCGGCGGCCGGCGCACGUCCCCCUGGACGUCUUCCUGGACGAGGUGGCCUUCUACGAGCUGGGCGCCGAGGCGCUGGCCAAGCUCCGCGAGGACGAGGGCUUCGCGGCCGAGCCCGAGCGCCUGCUGCCCCGGCGGCCCUUCGCGCGCCAGCUCUGGCUGCUCUUCGAGUUCCCCGAGAGCUCGGCCGCCGCCCGCAUCGUGGCCGUGGUCUCCGUGCUCGUCAUCCUGGUGUCCAUCGUGGUGUUCUGCCUGGAGACCCUCCCCGACUUCCGAGACGAGCGCGACAGCCAAACUCUUGUUCACUCCCCUCUUUUGGGGGGGAGGGGAACGGCACCUUCUCGACUAACCCCCUCCCUCCUACAGCUCCCAUCAGUUCGGUCCAAUGGAUCCCAGCCAGUGUCUCCUCCACCACCGAGGGCCACAUUUGAUGACCCUUUCUUCCUGGUGGAAACCCUGUGCAUCUGCUGGUUCUCCUUCGAGUUCUUGGUGCGUCUGGGUGCCAGCCCGAGCAAGACGGCCUUCUUCAAGAAUGUCAUGAACCUUAUUGACUUUGUGGCCAUCCUGCCCUACUUUGUGGCCCUGGGCACAGAGCUGGCCCGGCAACGGGGUGUGGGUCAGCCCGCCAUGUCCCUGGCCAUCCUGCGGGUCAUCCGCCUGGUCCGAGUGUUCCGCAUCUUCAAGCUGUCCCGCCACUCCAAGGGCUUGCAGAUCCUAGGCCAGACACUGCGGGCAUCCAUGCGGGAGCUGGGCCUGCUCAUUUUCUUCCUCUUCAUCGGGGUCGUCCUGUUCUCCAGCGCGGUUUACUUUGCUGAGGUCGACGGGCCCCCCGAAUCGGGCUUCACCAGCAUCCCUGCCUCCUUCUGGUGGGCUGUGGUGACCAUGACAACCGUGGGUUACGGGGACAUGGCGCCCACCACCAUGGGUGGCAAGAUCGUGGGCUCCCUCUGCGCCAUUGCCGGCGUCCUCACGAUCUCCCUGCCCGUGCCCGUCAUUGUCUCCAACUUCAGCUAUUUCUACCACCGGGAAACAGAGGGAGAAGACACUGGGAGAUACCGGCAUGUGGCUACCCAGCCCUGCUGCCCUCCGGAGACCCCUGAGGGCAAAGCUAACGGGCUAGUCGGGGGCAGUGGGAAGCACUUGGUCACAGAAGUGUGAGGGGUCCGGUCCAGGGUGGGAAAUCAUGUGGUGGGAAGGAAGGGAAGAUACGAUAGUGUUGGGGGGGGACCGUGGGAAGCCCGGCAGGAGCUUGGAGGUUGCCCUGGGCUUGUGGCAGCCAGGCUGGCAGGACCUUCGUGGUGGCCUCUGGAUGCCAGAAGUGCCAAGGGAACUCCAUGAGCUUCACUGACUUCCGGCACCUUGAUUGCUAUGACUUGGGAUGGAUCCCGUUGGGAUAUAUGAGCAUCUGGGGGGCUAUGUGAGCGAAGCAGGCGGAGUUAUAUUGAAUCCAGUGAACAUUAAGGUGAUAGGGAUUCACGGUUGGCAAAGCGUUUGGAUCAUGUGUGUGUCUGGGGCUCGUGGUUAAGGGGUUUCUGUGGCGCUUCUGCUCAUGUGCCCUGUGUGUCUGAGAUCCUGUGCCCCCUCCCCCCCCCCAUUGCAUGAGUCUCUGAGGACCAGGAGCUUGUGGUUAUAUUGGAUUUUGUUAGGCUCUGGUUGGCUUUUGUUUUUGUCCUGUAUGAGUCUCUCAGGGGCUCGUAGUCAUGUUGGGUUGGCUCGGGUUAUCGUCCAACUUCAGAACCUAAGGAGACCUAAAGCAUUUCAUCUAAUUGUAUCUCGAUACCAUCCCACACCCAAAAAACAUUCAUCCAGCCUCUGCUUGAAGACUUUCAGAGGUGGGAAACUCACUACCUCACGAGGGAGCCCAUUCCACUUUUGGGUAGCUCUCAGGCAAUCUUCCCAUCACUCCCAGUUCUGCCUUUGGGGGCCAAACAAUACAAAUCUACUUAUUUAAAAGCUUUUCAAAUCUUUCAAGAUGACUUCAUGUCUGCUCCAAGUCUUCUCUUCUCCAUGCGAAACAGUCCUGGUUCCUCUGACCCAUCUUGCUGUGACAUGAUCUCCAGUCUUCUCUCACUUCCUGCAUCUCCUCUUGAUACUCUCCUAUCGGGACUGACCACAAGACUCCCGCUAUGGGGGGAGUAGUGCGGUAGUCAGCUAGCCUAUCCCCUUCCCCCAUACCCUUGUCCUGGACCUUACCCUUAUUGAUCCAGCCCAAAAUUUACUGAACAUUGGGGGCUGUCCCGGUACCCUGCUGACUCCUGUUUCAUUGGCAGACUCUCCAAGCCCCACAAAACUUUUUUUUCCCAAAAUGACAGUGUGGCCAGAUCUCCGUCCCGCACCUUGCUGAGUUUUUUGGCCCAAAUGUGGAAUUUUAAGCUUAUUCUUGCUAAGUUCCACCUUCUUAGAGCUGUCUCAGGAUUCCCAAAGAAAUUGAUUUGGAUUCCCAAUUGUCCAGUGAGUUAGCUUACCUAAUUCUGUGUCAUCUGGAAAUUUAAUCAGCCUCUAUUCUAUUUAUCCUCUCAUUUAUAAAACAAAACAAAACACAAAACAAGAGAGAGAUCCCUGAGGCACUCCCAGAGACCUACCUUCCAGGGUGACCCAGAGCCCUUAGUCAGCACUCUUUUCACACAACUGACCACCAGUGUUCCAAUCCCCCUAACCACACUAGCCCAGUUCCUCGCCCUUGUCCACAACAAGAACGCAGGAGACUUCCACUUGGCUUGGACCGAGUUGGGUUGAAUCACGUUGGUUGGGGGCUUCGUGGAAUUUCUGGAGGUCUCAGUGAGUUGUGUGGAGAGGUUAAGUUGUGUUGGUAGGAGCCCUUUGUACGAAGAGCCCUUUGGCCUGGCUGUCUGGAGGACCUGGGUCCUGGGACCAUCUUUGCCACAGGUGGAUCUGUCCGUGGUGGAGCCUCAGUAGUGGUCCCGGCCCCUUCCAUCUCCUCGAGCUCUCCGUUCUUCGGUCGGGUGGCCCGUUGUUCCGUUGUCUGUGGUUGUACGGCCGGUGGGAGAUGAUUGUGUAUUUCCUGUGCUGCUGCAUUGUGCAAGGUCCCACGUAUGGUGCUGCCUGUCUGUGCGGUCUGUCAGUGUGUGGAUGACUUUUCUGAAUGGGGCUGGGCUGGUUGCAACUGGGUCUAGGCCUUUUGGCUUGUCUGGCCCCAAGCUGGGCCCUCCCUUUGUCUACCUUAGUCUCUUCCUGUUCUAGUCCCCCCCUUGCCCCUUCCUCAGCCCCUGAGAAAGUAUGACAGGGAGAGAUCUUUCUAGCCUUCCAGUCUGGCUGUUGGAAACUCCCAGGUGAUCCUGAGCGUGUUAAAGAGCAAUAAGGAGCCGGGAGAGAGAGAGAGACAGAGAGAGAGAGAGAGAGACAGAGAGAGAGAGAGAGA